GGACCCUAACUAGUAGUGUGCCGCCAGCCGCAGGAUGGACGUGCCGCCUCAAGUCCAGGGUCCAGCGCGGCCACUCGUCAACCCCGACGAGUAUGGCGAGGUGGACACCUCCAGGUAUCCGGAGCCGAAGGAAGCCACGCACAAGGUCCGCGGCCGCAGCGAUGUGCUCGAAAUGCUCUGCGGCGCCGGCGCCGUCGACCCCGAACUCCUCACCGUCAAGACCUUCUACUUCUUCUUCUACUCCGCGUUCGGCUCGCUCUUCCCCCUCAUGGGCGUCUACUUUAAACAGAUGGGCAUGAACGCUGGCCAAUGCGGACUGCUUAUAGGCACGAGGCCGUUUGUGGAGUUCCUAUCCGCCCCGUUCUGGGGCGGGCUAGCUGAUCGCUGGCGUAAAGGAAGAACUCUACUUUUAGCAUCGCUGGCUGCAUGGAUUGUAUUUACGUUGCCGUUAAGCUGGGUGCAGCCCGGAGCUGUUGCUUGUGUGGUGCCUCGGAACGCGACUAGCUACGAUCUGUUGCCGCCGCGUUACGAUGAUACAAUGGCGCCGUCUAGUGCGGUUGCGAGAUCAUUCCACGGGCCGACUACGUCUGCCGCCGCUGGCUCGGCCGGCAGUCCCCUGCCUGUAUCUGACGCGUACAAUUAUAACCCGGCGCAGAACGCUGAUUGGGUGACGCCGCUGCAUUCGUCUAUCGUGUACAGAACAGCUGAUAUUCAGAAGACAUUCUUCUUGUUGCUGCUGCUGGUUAUGGUGGGCGAGUUCUUCAGCGCGCCGGCCAUUACGCUUGCUGACUCUGCUGUUAUUACUCUGCUCGGAGAAGACGCUGACCGGUACGGUCAUCAGCGCAUGUUCGGCUCCCUGGGCUGGGGGCUGGCCAUGUUCUUCGUGGGCAUCGCACUGGACCACAGCACAGCCUUCAGCUCACACCCGUGCGGCGGCCCGCAGCGUUAUGAGAAGAACUAUACCAUCUGCUUCGCUACGUUCUCGGUGCUGAUGGGCGCUGCUCUUCUUACGGCUGGACAGAUUAAAUUCAAGUACGAGUUCGCGCCCGAAGUGAUAGCACCCGUAGGUCCAACCUCACCUACGCAGGAGGAUAAACUCCAGCAGCAGUUAGCCGAGCAGCUCCAACUACCAGGCUUGGACACCAGCGCGCCUCGCUCCGCGCCACAGCCACCGCUGGAACAGGCCAAGGUGUUCGCCCAAACGACGCGCGAGAUGCCUGAAUGGGUGACGGUGCUGAAGCAGUUCCAAAACGUCCGCGCGGCCUCGUUCCUGUUCGUGGCCUGGUUCAUGGGCUUCGGCAUCGGCCUCAUCUUCACCUUCCUCUUCUGGCAUCUGCAGGAUAUUGGAGGGUCGCCGACGCUGUUCGGUGUAGCGUCCGUCAUCAACCACAUCUCGGAGAUCUUCGCUUAUUUCUUCAGCUUCAAGCUGAUUACACAAAUGGGGCAUUUCAAGGUGCUGUGCCUGGGCCUAGCUGGUAACGUCCUGCGCUUCCUUUACAUCUCGUGGUUGACCGACCCGUGGUGGGUGCUGCCCUUCGAGUUCGUGCAGGGAGUGACCCACGCCGCUGUAUGGGCUGCUUGCUGCUCCUACAUCGCUCAUCACGCACCGCCUGGUCUACGCUCGUCUGCCCAGGGUGUUCUUCAGGGGCUCCACCACGGCCUCGGGCGCGGCUGCGGCGCCGUGCUGGGCGGCGUGGCGGUCGCCAAGUGGGGCACCACCCGGACCUUCGCCGGCUACGGUAUUCUGUGCGGAUUCGCCCUCGCUGGAUUCGCUUUCCUUAACUUCCGGGAAGAGGCUAAUGUAGAAGGGGAUAUGGAUGAAGAAGCCCGCGCUGUGGCCGAAGCGGGUGUGCUGGCCCCCCACGGAGUCCCCUCAAACCCCAUACCUCGCGCACUUUCGUCUACUCGUUUAUCCGACCUCGGCCAUCAUGAUUCAUACGGAGCCACACAAAACUACGCCGGCGAGGCGAGCCUGGGCGUGCCGGGGCAGGCUGCGCCCGCGCCGCGCAGCCCCGCCAACCCCUUCCUGCAGGACGCGGCCGGCGGCUACAGGUAAACACCACGCAAGGCGACUACACGGCCGCUGAACUAUUCUGUAGCUCAAACAGUUUGUAUGGAAUCGAGUCUUACAUCCUUAGCCCCCAUUAGCACGGGAGCUUUUUAACCGCGCGUUAAAAAAGCGUUUGAAUGACACAAAUGGAAAACAAUGUAUGUAUUCACACGACAGCGGAGCCGCUUUUUAUCAAGCUUUGUUGGAUUUUCGACUUUAAGCCUUGGUCAUUAAAUCGAAUUUAGAGUGCGGACAGAUUCAAGCGCUUUUUUAACGCGCGUUGAAAAAGCUGUCGUGCGAAUGGGGCCUUAAGGCUCAUUUCGUUGGUCGAUAACAAGGUCGAUAUACGGCGCGCGGUGCCUCCUCGUAAGGGGCGAGACAGUAAAACGACUAGUGAAUAUCAUAGUGUGCAUAGUGGCAUACGUUUUGGACAUCUCCCGUAUCCCGUAUGCGGGCCCUAUCGACCGAUAAAACUGAGCCCUUAUAGGACACAAUCUAUAUUGUCCCUAAUCCUAAGGCAAAUAUUAUUGUCAUCUUUUUGUAUUUCAUUCCUAUGCAGAAUUUUAGGGCACGGGGGCUCGAAUAAAUAUGUAUUUAAAAUCGAAUGUGUUAGAGGGUUAUAUGAUGAAGAGAUUACGAGAUUUUUUUUUAUGCCACGUUGCGCGUUGGUACCAAACAAAUAUACAGCCCGCCUGAUGUUAAACCUAUACUUUUAUUUAUGUACGAAAUAUUGUAGUUCCUUAAGAAAACCAGAGCGUUCGCGGAAGGACAUUCUAAGCUUUAAUUAUUUCUUAGAACUUGAAGUCGUGAAUUUAUGGAUUUCGACUUAUAAAAACCUUGUUAUUGAUGUUUUGAUGUAAAUAUGUGUUAGAUACAUGGAAAUUGUCGCUUUUGAAAGACUUCGCGAUUUUUUUUGUAUAAUAAUUUGGCGUAUUUUCUAGUCAAGUCUUAAGAUACUCCAAAGACUCGAGUCUUUACCAACACUACACAAAUCCUUCGAGAACCCAGGUUCUUCGUAGCUUCGGUACUAAGUAUUAUUAAUAGGCGGCUGACAACUAAGAUUCGUAUCCAAGAAGCUUAUAAAAACUCUGGAGGUUACACAAAGAACUAACAUUUAUAGUAAACAAAAUCAUGUGAGCUUGAAUGACGGCCACGUACUUAUUACCGUCUCUUUUUUGGUGAUCCGUGAUUUAUCUAAUAGCUUAAAAGCUAUUUCCGAUUUUCGGGAACAGUUACUCUCAUGAGAAUUGCCGCGAAGAAUGAGAUAUGACAACUAGUUCGUGCCCUGAUUCAAGGCAUUUUACUUCCCUCCAGUGUUUUUACGUGCUUACUUCUUGUUAAGCUGCCCCUUAUUAUUAAGCCCGCUCCAAACUUAGUGUAUGCAUCACGCGCGAAAAUUACGGACAGAAACGGACCGUGAAGCAAUGAGGAGACGAUGACAGUAGAGUUUUAUGCUCUCUCAAAUACCGACGAAAACCGAAAAAAAUGUGCGAAUCGAUUUCAGAUUCGCGUGUUUCGCGUAGUGUUUCGCGCACUAAAUGUGGAGGGUCCUUUAAUGUAAAUUAAGUAGGUUAAGGGUCGACGAUUAUCGCUGUAGCAGCGUAUCGCCCGCGGCCGGUGGCCGGCCAUUACAAGGGUACUUUCCAUUUUUGUUCUAAUUUGAAGGUGUUUUCAAGUCAAGUAAAGGCCAAAAAUGCUAGUGUGGGAACACUAGCAUCUUUUAAGCCUCGGCUUCUAGUCAGCCUUUGGAAAAUGGCAUCAAUGCGCAAAUGCGUCUAUAUAUAUAUAUAUAUAUAUAUAUAUAGACGCCGACACUCGGGAGACGCUAGUGUGGAGUGGCCCUAUGAACCAUCGUCCACACUCUUAACUGACAAAUUGUAAACCUUAUUAAGAUGACAUAAGGUUCACCAAUAGUCAAUGAACAGUGUUGAUCCUAGCCUUGGUUUAUAAGCAUCUUUGCGGAAUAUAAUGGCAAGUACCCCACAAACGUUACAUUGUGUUCGCGGUGUUCGCUGUUGCUACGUCUCGUUUCUUUUGUACCGGUGUAUUGUGAACUUGUAUUAACGCCAGGGGUCUUCAACCUUUUUGACCCGAUGGCCACCAUUUGGUUUUGUUCGUAGGCCGGAGUGGCUAGCUCUCGUGCCGGAUCUGGCCUUAGGGCCGAAGUUUGCAGACCCCUGAUUUACGCUAUACCCGUACUGUCACGGUGUCAUAUCAUGGUGUGAUGUAGACCGGCUCGCGGGGCGGGAAACCCGUUCCGUGAUCCGUAUUUUGUUGAUAAUGUAGCAGAUAUUCAUAUUAUAUAACUAUAUUAUAGCUAUAUGUAUACAAUGUAGAUUUGUUGUAAAGAUAUUCUUAUUGACAAAUAUCGUUGUCGGAGAACUAGAAAGCGAGUACAUUGUUGAGUAGAGUCCGUCCACGCUAAGUUCGCGCCAAGUGCUAUUACGUAAUGUAUGGCGCUCCCAUACAUUGUCACUGCCAAGUUGGUGCAAACUAAGUCGUAGAAGGACACUACAUGGUAAAAAAAACUAUUGUUACAAAUUUAUAUUUACUUAAUCGUGAGAAAUUGCCUUUGUCGCAAGAUAAACAAAUUUUAUUUUACGCGUUAACAUAUUGCAAGUGAUCAAAUAUUUUUAUUGAUACCCCUUUACUAUGGCGUGCCUGCGUUCUGGCCCAACGAUAACGAUAUUUGCUUAUUGAGGAGGUGGGCACGAGUUAUAUUUUUGCACUUUCUCUCCGUCUGCCGCGCCGCGCCUAGCGCCGUCCGGUACGGAUCCGACCCGUCCGACCUGCCGAAGUCAGAGGGCCUACCGCGAACCAUGUUCGACGUGUUGCCUCCCUGUCACACUUACGCAAGAAUUUACAAGUCCGAUAGAGAGGCAACACUUCGAACGUGGUUCGCGGUAAGCCCUCAGGUACGAUACGGAACCGGUACGGACGGUGGCUACGAGGCGAUGGCGAACGACUUUCAAUUUCAAAACGUGUAACGAUUAAAUGUUGAACUAUUGA